AUGGCGGCGAUACGGCCCGUCCUGCGGGAGUGGGUGGAGUGCCGCCACAGGGCCCCCAACUACCACCUUACUCAGAUGCUUACCGGGCACGGAUGUUUCGGGGUGUAUCUGUGUGGAGUGGUUAAAAGGGAGCCCACCGCGGACUGCCACCACUGCGGCACCGGAGAGGUGGACACGGCGCAACACACGCGCGAAGCAUGCCCAGCGUGGGCGGAGCAGCGCGCCGCCGUGUCCUCGGUCCUUGGGACGGACCUCUCCCUGCCUGUCAUGGCAGCUGCUAUGGCAGACAGGGAGGAGGUAUGGAAGGCGGUCUCCUCUUUCAGCGUCGAGGUUAUGACGCUGAAAGAAGCGGCGGAGCGGGCGCGGAAAGACGCCGUCGACUCGCUCCCGAUCCGCCGCUGGAGACCGGGGCGGCGCCGUCGGGCGCACCUUGUGGCGCUAGACAGGGCGCCGCCCUGA